AGGGGCGGCCUUCGGACUUUUGUCUCCUCCUCUCUUUAAUUGAGAGAAGGGGGAAAAGGGAAGAGGAAAAAGAGAACUCCACAAACUUGGUUUUCUUCUCGAUCGAUCGAAACCACCGCCUCUUCCCCGUCAACGGAGGCCGCCGCUGCACCCCUCGCCUCGUCUUCGGUGCCUGGAAGGAUGGGGUCGCCUGUGGCAAGAUUAGGGUUCUUGGCGAUGGUUUUGCUGGUUCUCGGAGCUACGGGUUGCGGGAGGGCCAAAACCGAGGACGCCUACGUCACCCUGCUCUACGGCGACGAGUUCCUCCUCGGCGUUCGUGUUCUUGGGAAGUCGAUUCGUGACACCGGGUCCACCAAGGACAUGGUCGUCCUCGUUUCGGAUGGCGUCUCCGACUAUGCCAUGAAGCUUCUUCAUGCUGAUGGUUGGAUUGUCGAGCAUAUAAGUUUAUUGGCUAAUCCAAAUCAUGUGCGGCCAACAAGGUUCUGGGGAGUGUACACGAAACUGAAGAUAUUCAAUAUGACAAACUAUAGAAAAGUUGUAUAUCUUGAUGCUGAUACAAUUGUCAUAAAGAGUAUUGAGGAUCUAUUCAAGUGUGGAAAAUUCUGUGCAAACUUGAAACACUCUGAAAGAUUGAACUCUGGGGUGAUGGUUGUGGAGCCUUCUGAAUCCACUUUCAAAGAUAUGAUGAGCCAAGUGAACUCUUUAUAUUCUUACACUGGAGGAGAUCAAGGAUUUCUGAAUUCAUAUUAUUCUGACUUCCCCAAUGCCCAUGUUUUCGAGCCAGAUUUGUCUUCAGAUGCCAAGAACUCUAUUCCUGUGCCUGAAAUGCAACGACUUUCUACUCUAUAUAAUGCAGAUGUUGGUCUUUACAUGCUAGCCAAUAAGUGGAUGGUUGAUGAGAAAGAACUCAGAGUUAUUCAUUACACCCUGGGCCCCCUUAAACCUUGGGAUUGGUGGACAGCUUGGCUUCUAAAACCAGUGGACGUAUGGCAGAAUGUUCGGAAACAACUUGGAGAUUCUCUUCCUGGAACUGGCGGAGGAAGAAACCCUAAUGACCAGCUGUUGGUUAAAUUUUUAUUUGCUUUUCCUGUUUUCUUGCUGAUUUUCUGUUACUAUCGAUCCUUUCUUCAGAUAAACAAGGAUUUCGCCACCAUAUUUUCUCGAAGUUCCUUAUGUGAUUAUGCAAGGCGAAUCUACUACCGAUACAGAUCUGGAGGCAUUCCUGCAUAUUCUGGUGUUGGAGUUGCUUCAUCUUCUUUUGUCAAUUCGAGUCAACAGUUUUCAACCGGUGCACAUUCCAAGCUGCCUGCUCAUUUGGGUGCAAUCUCUGUUUUUAUCUGCUUUGUGGCUGCUGCGCUAUCUCUUGGUCUUUCAUUUAUAUUGGUUCCUCAUCAAGUAAUGCCAUGGACAGGCUUACUGCUGAUGUACGAGUGGACUUUUGUGACUUUUUUCAUAAUAUUUGGGAGUUAUCUAAAUUUUAUAUAUCAAUGGGGAAAGUCGACAGGGAAUCAAACUAAUCAUAAUCGCUUUGAUUCUUCCGAUUAUGACUCUGGAAAAGGCUCUCAACGCAGUUCAUCUAGCUGUGACAUAGUGCCAUGGUUCUAUUGGCUAGGGAUGGCAUUUCUCGCUGUCAUUGUUCCUUCAAUGCCAUGCCUUUUGGGGAUUACUGCUCUUUUUGCAAGGUUGGGUUUGAUGGUCGGCGGUGGUCUUAUAUUGGCUGCGUUCGUGACAUUUUCCUCGGAGCAUCUUGCUAUUAGAGCCUUUACUAAAGGCUGCGAAGAUCGUCAUCAGCCAAGAGCUAGAAACAUAUGCUUAUUAUGUUAAUGAGCACAUCGAGUAGCUUGGUUAAAGUAAUGCUUGUUGUAUCCAUGUAUCAUAAUUCAAUUUGGAGUUCUGGAAGGUCCUCAAUCAUUCAUCGCUGUAGUCCGUAGCAUCCGAUGUGCUUGUUGCAUGCGUGGGGCUUUCUGUACUCUGCACCGAGAGCAAACAUCCAAUCCAGUUUUUGGAAGUAUCAGAGCAGUACAGGGGUGGGGAUGCCAAAAAUGACCGAGACGGAUGAUGUCCAAGCUUCACGAAGACUCUUGUGUUGUACUAUUCAACAGCAACAUUAUGUGAGCUUAUUCUCGCCCAA